UCUCUGCAAUUUUCCACUGUUUCUUGGAACUGGGUAUUUUGCAUACUUUUUUCCUCUGAUGAAAUUUGUGUAAAAAUGAGCAGCACUCGUUCGCUUCUUGAUGAGCUCGGCAGCUUUGAAAAGGGAGGAUUUUUUGAUCUGGGCCACCCUCUCCUUAACCGGAUUGCUGAGAGUUUCGUCAAAGCCGCAGGGAUUGGAGCUAUUCAAGCUGUAUCGCGUGAAGCCUAUUUCGUAGCUGUUGAAAGUGCAAGUGGAGAUACAGGCGGCAUAGCUCCUCCUAAGGUUGGUGGCGCGAAGAAGAACCGAAGUCGAUUGUCGGGGCUUAGAGGAGAAACAAACAGAAACUCAGUUGAGGCCUUGGUGAUGAGCACCGGAAAAGAAUCUCUGCAAUGGGGGAUUGCUGCAGGGAUGUAUUCAGGUCUUACUUACGGACUGAAAGAGGCUCGUGGAGUUCAUGAUUGGAAAAAUAGUGCAUUGGCUGGAGCAAUUACUGGAGCAGCAUUGGGUUUGACGUCUGAGGAUCACUCGCACGAGCAGGUGGUGCAAUGUGCGAUAACAGGGGCGGCUAUCUCCACUGCCGCAAAUCUCCUCACCGGGAUAUUCUAAGUUGCCCCUCUUUUAUUCUCGUCAUGAUCUAAGAUGCAGAGUGGGAUGUAAUUGCCAUAGAACUUGGUUUCCCUUUUUUUUUGUUAUGUAAGGUCAUUAGCUAUUAUCUCUUGCUUGCCUGAUGCAGGCGUAUCUUCAAGUAUUUGGAAUUUGGCUCA